AUGGAAGCUAUCGUGGUUCGCGCGCUGACCAAGAUUACGACGGACUGCCCAAGGAGGCAAUCAAACCUGAAGAGGCAGUGUCGCGAUACUCUUGAGGAGAUCCACCGUAACGAUGAGGAAGAGAGGCUGGAGGACGAGACGCCCGACACCGACGCAAACAAGUACAUGCCCUGCCUGCUGGCGGCGUGCUCGUCGGGGGUCCCCAAGGUCGUCACGACCGCUCUCGAUACCGUCGUCAAGCUGAUCGACUACGGCUACAUCCGAGACGUGGAGAUAGACUCCGACGACGAAGACGAAGACGACAUCGACGAGGUCGUCCAGCUACAAGAAGGGGCAGGGGGUGAUGCAGGGGGGGCUGCAGACGAAGACGACGAAGACGACGACGCCGCCGGAGCUGAUGCGGAAGGGGUACCAUCAACACUGGACCCCUCAUUGGACCCUCCGUCUUCCAGCGCUGUCGUCCACGGGGACCCCGAAGUUCCGCCGCCGUCGGAAACCGUCGAGGGGGAAGGGGACGAUAAGGGUCGCAUGCUGAUGGACGAGGUCGUGGAGCGGGUGUGCGACUGCGACCUGGAGACGGAAGACGUGCAGCUGCAGGUCAUCAAGGCGUUGGUGCACGCGUGCACGGCCACGACGCUGUCGGUUCACCGGGCCAGCCUUCUCACCGCCGUCAAGACCAUCUACACCGUGCACCUCAGCACGCACGACUCCAUCAACAAGAACACCGCCAAGGCCAGCCUGCAGCAGAUGCUCAGCGUCGUGUUUUCCAGGAUGGAGGCAAAGGACGCGCAGCUCAAGGAGGAGGCCGCUGCAGCAGCCGAACUGGAAGCGUUGCGCGAGUCUGAUCCGCUCAACUACCCAAGGCCGCCCCCGCCGGAGCCUGAGCCGGAGCCGCAGCCGGAGCCCAUGCCCGAGCCCGUGUUCAACAUUCCGGAUACCAUGUACAAAGAGGUGGCUGAAGCGAUGGAGAUGCCGGAGCUGUACAAGACGGUACCAGAGCUGCCGCCGGAAGAGGUCUCGGCGCGACGGAAGCGUUACAGGCGAGCCUUGCGCGGGUACCAGAGGCGUCAGUGGGAAGCCACGACGGUGCAGCCGUUCGCGUCCGUGGAGCACGAGGACGCGUUCUUGCUCUUCAGGGCGCUGUGCAAGCUCAGCCAGAGGCCGGACCACGCGGGGACCGGGGACGGGUUGGCCGUGGCCCCUACCGCGGAGGAGGCGAGGCAGAUGGAGAGCAAGGCCGUCAGCCUGGAAAUGCUCCUGACGAUCGUGGACAACAGCGGGCCAGGCUUUAGGGGCUCUGAGAAGUUCAUCCUGGCCGUACGGCACUACCUCUGUGAGGCUCUGCUGCUCAACUCGACGUCGUCCAACAGGGCCGUCAUGGAGCUCAGCCUCAAGAUCUUCAAGCCCAUGUGCAGAGACUUCAAGGCUCACCUCAAAUCUCAGAUCGAGGUGUUCAUCACGACCGUGUUCCUGCGGGUGUUGGAGAGCGAGAAUAGCACCUUCGAGCACAAGCGGCAGGUGCUGGACGUGGUGACUGCCUUCAGCGACACGCCCCAGGCUCUUGUGGAGAUAUUCCUCACGUACGACUGUGACCUUCACGCCAUCGACCUCUACAACCGCAUCGUCAACGCCCUCUCCAAGAUUUCGAAGGGGCGCGGCAUGAGCAACUCGGACGUGAGCAACAAUCCUGGCCUGCUGCGGGAGGAGAGCUAUCUGCGCAAGAAGGGCUUGGAGGGCCUGGUCAGCAUCCUCGAGAACAUGCUCAGCUGCGUGGCCAGCGAUGUGAGUGCAGACAUGCAGGACCACGGUGAUGUCUUGGACGGGAACCGGCAGAUCUCCGGAGACAUUGGCGGGGAUAACGCCGACUCCAACGGCUCCUUCGGCGACACGUUGGGGUCUACGGCGAGCAGCGUUAUCGUUGCCGGCGGCGUCGGCGGGGAGCAGGGAGAGCUGGACAUGAAGCAGUCUCCGGUGUCGGUGGUGCAGGAGUAUGACCGCAAGAAGAAGCUGGCCGGCGAUCUCGGGAACGGUUUCGUGCGGUUCAACCUAUCGCCUGCCAAGGGCGUGAGCUACCUAGUGGAGAAGGGCAUGCUGGUCUACGAGCCCCGCGCGGUGGCUACGUUCCUGCUUGAGAACUGCGACAAGCUCGACAAGACGCAGAUCGGGGAGUAUCUCGGCAAGGAGAUCCACUACAAGGACGGCUUCUGCGUCCAGGUGCUGCACGAGUACGUGGACAUGAUGGACUUCAAGGGGAUGCGCUUCGAUGACGCGAUCCGGCACUACCUGAGCGGCUUCCGCCUCCCCGGGGAGGCUCAAAAGAUCGACCGCAUGAUGGAGAAGUUCUCAGAGAGGUUCUGCCUGCAGAACCCCACCGUAUUCCCGUCGGCCGACACGGCGUUCAUCCUGGCCUUCAGCAUCAUCAUGCUCAACACGGACCUGCACAACCCCGCCAUCAAGGAGGAGCGCAAGAUGACUCGGGAAGGCUUCGCCGCCAACAACCGCGGCAUCGCCGCCGGCGGGAACCUCGAGGAGUCCUUCCUCAACGAAAUCUUCGACCACAUCAGAGCGAACCCGAUCUCACUGAAGGAAGACGACCAAGCUCGAGAGAAAGGGGAGACGCAGACGGGGGCGGCUUCGGCGUUCCCGCUGUACUUCACAGCCGGCCCAUCGCUCCGGCAGAAGAGGGAGGCCUUCAACAAGGAGCGCGAAGACAUGAUCAAGGACACCGAAGCUCUCUUCCGCCUCAGGAAGAAACAGGCGUCGGCGGCCAAGGCCCAGGCGCUGGCAAAGGCGGCGGAGGCGGUGGCCGCGGCUAAGGCGGAGGCUGAGGCCAACGAGGCCGAGGGUAGGGUGCCCGGGGCUGUCAAGGCCAUCGAGGCCAAGCUUGCCGGUGGCGAUGGUCUCCCGCCGCCGACGGUGGCCGUGGCCCUUCGAGCGGACUCUGCCUCGGAGGGGAGGAGGGACGUCGUCAGGGCCAUGUUUGAGGUCGCUUGGUGGCCCAUGCUGGGCGCGUUCAGCCAGGUUCUCGAAGACGUGGACCACAUCGAGAGGACGGACAGCACGACGGAGGAACAAGACGCCGUGGAGAGCGAGAUGGUCGCCUUGUGCGUCAAGGGCUGCCGCUUCGGCAUCCGACUCGGGAGCCUUUGCUCUAGGUGGGCCGGCGGAGAAGGCGAGGGAAGCAUCGCGAGGGAGACCUUCGUUAACAGCCUGGCCAAGUUCACGCUGCUCGACACCGUCAAGGAGAUGAGGCCCAAGAGCAUCGCCUGCGUUAGGGCUCUGGUGGAUAUCGCUCUAGAGGACGGCAACUUCUUGUCGGAGUCGUGGGGGUCGGUGCUGCGGUACAUCAGCCAGCUCGCCAGGCUGCAGCUGUUCGCCAGCGGCCUUCACACAGACGACCACUUCUUCACCUCCGAGGUAGGCGGGGGUGGCGGCGGCGGCGGUGCCGGCGGUAUCGGUGGUAUUCCGGGCAGCAGCACGCACUCCGUCAUGCGCGAUCAGCAGCAGGGCGGGGGCAGAUCAUCAUCCGUGGACGGCGGCAUCGCGGGGAGGAUGACUAAGAGCGGCAUGUUCACAAGGGUGAACCCCACCGAGCAAGCCAGGGAUGUCGAGAGGAUGAACGCCGAGGCCGUGUCGCUGGCAGUGGACCCGGCUAUGAUCGACCGGGUGUUCAGCAAUUCCCCUAGCCUGAGCACGGAGGCGGUGAAGCACUUCGUCAUGCAGCUCUGCGCCGUUUCCAGCCAAGAGGUCAACCACAGCGCUGCCACUUUCAGGUCGAAGGAUAUCCUGGGAGACAUGUCGCAACCGAGAAUCUUCUGCCUCCAGAAGCUUGUGGAGGUGGCAGACUUCAACAUGGACAGCCGCGGCCGUAUCGUCUGGGCCCACGUUUGGGGGGUGCUGGGGGAGCACUUCAGCAAGCUGGGCGCCCACCCUAACCGAUACGUGGCGGAGUACGCCGUGGACUCGCUCAAGCAGCUGGCGCUCAAGUUCGUGUACAAGAAGGAGCUCGAGGGCUUCAACUUCCAGCGCCUCUUCCUGUGCCCCUUCGAGGCCGUGUUCGUCGCCACCCAGCACAAGGAGAUCAAGGUGCUGGUCAUGGACUGCAUCCAGAACCUCGUGCAGGCCCGCUCGGCGCACAUCCGCUCGGGCUGGAAGAGCAUCUUCUCGGUGCUGGCCCUGGCCGCCAAGGACGGGAGCGGGGGGCUCGCGUUCCCGCAGCAGUCGUGGGGCGUGCUCAGCAGGCUCGUGGACAAGGAGAUGCACUCCCUGGUGCACGACUUCCUCGACGUGAUCAAGUGCCUCGUGGCUUUUGUCGAGGGACCGGACACCGACCUGGCCCUCCAGUCCAUGGAAAAGCUCAAGGCCUGUGCCGAGCACCUGGUUACCGGCGAUCUGCACAUACUGCCUCCGGCCCUCCACGGGCACGUUAGCACCGGCCAGAGCGCCGCAGCAGACGCCGUUGCCGCCGCUGCCGAGUCUGGGAACGCCGGGCAGGAGCUCGUGUACCUACAGCUAUGGUGGCCGCUCCUGUUCGGGCUGUCGGAAGCCAUCGGCGACCCCCGACCCGCCGUCCGCUCGAGCGCCCUAUCCGCGCUCUCCCACAUCCUCACGGAACACGGCGCCAUCUUCUCCGCUCAGACGUGGGGGCUCCUCUUCCGCGGGGUGGUCAACCCGGUCUUCGAGAACGCCAUCACGGAGCCCACCCAGCCGCUGUCGUCCGACUGGCCGGGGCAGGAGCCGGGGCCCCUGCAGGUGGCGGCUGCGGCGGCCGACAAGGCGGAAGAGGACGCGGUGGCGAGGGCCGCGGAGGAGAAGGCUGCGGAGGAGGAGCGCGCGGCUAAGAAGGCGGCGGUCGCCAAGGGGUACGGGGGUGGCUACUGCCGGCCCCCGCGCCCCUCGAGCUCCGGCGGCCUUCGAGACAAGCUGGACGGCUACCAUGGUGGAGCCGCUGCUGGAGCUGUGCCACGAGAUCUUCUUCAACGCUGCAUUUGCCAAGAGUCUGAGGUGCUGGCGCGCAUCGGGUUGACCUCCCUAGGCCGCUUCGUGACCGCCAUGCACAAGGGGUUCUCGGAUGCGUCGGAGACGAUAACUCGACCAAAGGCUACGGCGGGAGGGGAGGACGGAUGGGCUGCGAAUGGACCGGCGAGGGGGGACGCGGAUGAUAAGUACACGAUUUGGGACACCCUGACCUCGAGCCUGUGCGCCAUCGUGCAAGACAAUCUCCCCUCCGAGCUGGUGGACCAGGAGUACAACAUCGAUGAGGCGGAGGAGAUGCCGCCAAUCGCCAGUGCCGCCGAUGACAACACCCUGACGACGGCGGAGGAGGGUCAGGGCAACACCAACGCCGCCUCCUCGUCACCAGCGUGGAUUGACACCGCAAGACCCCCCACCGAGGGCGGUUCCCCACGCUCUUCCUCCGGCGAGAGUUCUUCUUCUUCUUCUUCCGAUGACGGGAACAGCGCGCGGAGAGAGGAGUCCGAAUCGAGCUGGGGGGAGUUGCAAGACGCACGCGGAGACGGGGGGGGCGCCGCGGAAUCAUCGGAUGUGCCAGGGGCGGUGGGCAACGACGAGGCGGAUGGCGAGAAGAGGGAGGAGUGGGGCGCCGCUGAUUCGGAGGGGAAGAACGGGGAAGGCCCGGGUCGAGAGGAAGGGGAUGGUGACGAGAAGAAAGAAGGAGGGGGCGUCCCCGAGGUUGAGUUGGAAACACCGCCACCAGCAGCGGCGGAAGGCGCCGUAGUCGACGACGCCGACGUUGUCAUGGUGUCUCCCCGAGGCGGUGGGUCGGGACACGGCAGCAGCGCGUCCGUGGACUUCGACGGCGCCACGGGCGGCGUGACGAGGCACCCCAACCUGAGGGCAUUGAUGACCAUGCUGGUGGUGUCGCUCCGCAUGCAGAGGCUGGUGCACUGGGUGGUGAGGAAGAGGUGCCUGGACGGGUUGUCGGCGAACAACCUGGUCGAUCUGCUGGCCGCUCUAGAGGCCGCUAGCGUCACCGCGCUCAAGUUCAACCGGAACCACAACCUGAGGCGGGCCCUGGGCCGGGUGGGCUUCAUGGCGAGCGGGCAGCCGGUGGCCCUGUGCCCCAUGCUCGAGCAAGAGGUGGCGGGAUAUAACCUGCUGCUGCAGACGCUUGUGGUGCUGUCGCGCGGGCUGGACGUGGAUAGCGGGGAGCCGGUGGAGGGCGGGGCUGGGUGGCCCUUCGCACAGGCAUGCCUGGUGCAGGCGUGCAAGUGCGUCGUGCUGGCCUACGCGGACCGAGAAGAGCACGCGAUGGGGCUGGAGCUCACCCUGCCGGGGCUGGAUCACUCCGCCCUUGUGGAGGAGGUGAAGCAAACAACCCCGCUCGUCAUAUUCGCGCUCGGCAGCAUGAUGUACAUCUCCGAAGAACAGGUGCGUCUCAACGUGGGCUGGAUGUACGGCUGCAUGACCCGUCUGGUGAGAUGCAACAGCGAAGAGGUCCGCCACCACGUGCAGCAGAUCCUCAUCUACAAGAUGGGUCCGGCCAUGGUGCCGCAAUCGCGUGCCCCCUAGGGGGCAGGAGACAAGAGACUUUGUCGUGUGUCACCCCGCGUUGUUUUUCUCGACACACGUUUUGUGAGUCGGGCGGGGAGUAUGCUAUCUGCUGUAGGUUAUCACGAUGGUCGUGGACUGCUGUGGUGCCUCGCGUUGCGUCUGAAAACGGCGGUAUCUGUGCCGUCUCGGGCAAAAAGGGCUGCGCCGACAGGCCUUGAAAUGGACACGCCCGUUUCGGUUUCUGUAUGGGUGUAGUAGCGUUGUUACGGGGUUGGUGUGUUCC